GCCAAACCCUCCCGACUCUGCUUGGGCAUCCCCAUCACGGCUUUUUUUUGUUUGUUUUUGUGCCCGUCUGGCUCCUGCUUGGGCUUGGAGGAGAGGAACCGCUAAUGCCUAGGAGUAGGAAAUCGCCUGUGCACUCGCUUCUCCCAUUUGCUGAUUAGGGCAUCGGCGGGAGUUCUGCACAGACCAGGCUUCUGUCCGCUCGCUGAUUCACGUCUCGAUUGGCAUUCCUUGGCGACCCUCCAGACGAAGAUCUUCCCUGCCACUGGUCCCCACUCGCGUCCUCGGUUGCCUCUUAGCCUCUAUUGCCUCCUUCGUUUCCCUUUUUUCCUCCCCAUCCGCAUCUGACACGCCUCAAAGGUCGACUUGACGUCGCCCUCGCCAUUGUGUCCUGCGCCGUCGCUCUUUGUCCGUCGUCGAGGCACCGCCAUUGAUUGAUCGCUACUCCGUCCAUUGCAGAGCAUGCGCUCCAAGGCGCCACUGUGACCUCGACCAAACUCCCACCAUUCCUUUGACUAGUCGCCGUCGCGCCAUUUUCGACCAACGCUCCUUGGAGCACUUUCUUCCAUCCUUUCCGUUUCUUCCUCUCCUUCAAGCAUCGGCCGUCCAACCGGCCUGACAUUUCGUCGCAAUGAUACCCUCACCAUCAAUCUUCUCGGCGUUCGCGCUGCUGGCCUCCAGCGCCCUCCACUUCGGCAAUGUCGCCGCCCAAACCCAUGGCUUAACAGACUGCCAGCCGCUGGUGAAGGAGUGCCCGCCCAACAAGGCCUUUGGCAUGGCUCACAACUGGAAUUUCAACACCACUCCUGCCGCCUGGGAAACCAAAGUCGGGCCCAUGACGUACGAUAACCAGAAUGGCGCAGCUUUCACCAUCACGAAGCAGGGCGAGUCGCCGACCCUCCGCUCAAACUACUACAUUUUCUUUGGUCGCGUCGAGAUCAUCGCCAAGGCCGCGCCCGGCGUCGGCAUGAUCAGUUCCAUGAUGUUGCUCAGCGACGACCUCGACGAGAUUGACUGGGAGUUCCUCGGCAUCAACCAGACCCACGCCUUGACGAACUACUUUGGCAAGGGCAUCGAGGAUUUCACCAAGGGUAUCUAUUAUCCCGUCAAUGGCGGUGUCCAGGCUGACUUCCACAACUACACCACCCUCUGGACCAAGGACCGCCUGGACUGGAUCAUCGACGGGCAGAUCGUCCGCACUCUGUUGCCCAAGGACGCCAACAACACGUACAACUACCCCCAGACUCCCAUGCGCAUCUCCUUGGGCAUCUGGGCCUCCAGUGACCCGAGGUUGGGCAAGGGCACCCAGGAGUGGGGCGGAGGCGCCAGCGAUUUCAGCAAGGGUCCCUUCAGCAUGUAUGUCAAGAGCACGUACGUUGAGGAUUUCAGCAGUGGCAAGGAAUACGUCUAUGGCGACCGCAGUGGAACACACCAGAGUAUCAAGAUCGUCGCAGGAGAAUCCACCGCCAACGUCACCAUCAUGGCGGCCCAGACCCAGGACAAGAGUAUCUCUGAGCGCUGGAACGAACUCUCGUCUAGCGCCAAGACUGGCGUGUACGUGGGUGCCUCAGCAUUCGUUGCCAUCAUCGCCGGCUCGCUCCUCUUCUACUUCCUGCGUCAGCGUAAGCGGGGCCAGGAGGAAGCCAGGCUCGCCGCCGAGCGCGAGGAACGCGAGCGUGUCGAGCUGGAGCAGUACCGCAAGGCCGGCAUCAACCCCGACAGCCUUGUGCAGCAGACCGAGUACAACGCCAAUGCCCGCGACGACAUGGGUAGCCGUGGCGGCGGCAACAGCCUCGACGGCCAGGCCGUGGCGCCUGGAAGUCCCCUGAACGAGAAGUCCUGGGGAGCUCCCAUGAACGCGGCGGUCACCGCAGGCGCGGCAGCCGGCGGUGCUGCGGCUGCCAACGGCAUGCGCAGCCCCUCUGUCCCCCUCCUCCGUGACGGUCCCCCCAGCCCCAACCACAACGGGUUCAACGGCCAGUACUACGAUGGGCAGCCUGGCCAGUACCAACAACAGCAACAGUACGGCCGCGAUCUCGCUUCUCAGGGCGGCAUGAGGACUUCUCCCGGCCCCGCCGGAAUGGUCUCCCCGAUGCGCACACCCAGCCCGGGUGCGCCACCGGCCUUUCCUCCGCCCCAGGCCCCCGCCUCGCCGGGCGCAUACGGGAACCCCGGACGUAGCUACACGACCCCCGCGCAACGCAUGGGGAGCCCCGGCCCCCAAAACGGACCGCAGCGUAGCUACACCAACGACCCCUACCAGGGCCCCGGUGGUGGCCAGCAAGGCAGUGGUGGACAGCAGUGGAGGUAGACGCUGAACGCUCGAGACAAGAUCGGACAUGGCGCCGGAGUGCAGCGUUCCGGUUAGGUCAGUUUUGACUGGGCUCGUUUUGCACCCCAUUAUUUCUGGCCACGGUCCCUAAUCUCGGGCUUCACUCUCCUCUCGAAAUGUUUUUGUGGCUUGUGGUUUGGAGUCGACGUUUUUGUUUGGAUUCCUUAUUUUUAGCUUCGUACUCUCUUUUAUAUUGCCCCCGAUACGCGUCGCCUUUGCCUUGUUGUCAAGAUAUCAUACGGGAUCUAUGGCUGGUUGAGCCCCAUAGGUCCCACGUCAUUUAGCUCGCUGCAUAACCCUUUGCAUAUACCCUGUUUCUUUAACGUAUAGUGCUGUUGCUACCUAGGUGAUUUUCUCGUAUGCACUAGAAUAUGUCUAAAACUCCCGCUCCUGACACCCUGAAAUGACGACCGGGCGGUCUGGUGUCGAUCCCAAUAUUUUACUCCCUUCUCAUCACCGCAACUAUAU